AUGGGAGAACCAUCCGGCAAGGCAGCGACAACACCUGACCUGUCUAAAGUUUGCCCGUUCGGAAUCCUCAACGUACCAGCUGCCCUCGAAAUGCACGCACUCCUACAACUUGGGACCAAGGAGAUACAUAAGCGUCUUCGAGAAUGGCUAGCUGAAAGUUAUCUGGACGGAAACAUGCACCUGCUACAGACCGAUGAGCCACUCGGGAUAAGAAUUCACAGUGUCGAAGACCUUGGUAUGCUGGCUGGUGCCUACAACCUUGCACCGGAUCUGCGACGGCCGAAAUCAUCGAGGCUGGACAACGAGCUUUAUUUCUAUGGACAAAAACCUGGAAGGGAGGCUGCCGUGGCUGCGGGUCAGUUUAUGCAACAAUACUUCAAGCCCGGAGCGACUCCUGCGAAAUUAUCAAUGGCAAAAGAGCCGACGCCAAGAGAGCCAUUCCCUACUAUGGAGAAGGUGACGGCAGAAGAGGAUGCCGUGGCUGCAGGUCGGUUUAUACAGCAAUACUUCAAGCUCGAAGAGAUCCCUACGAAAGUUUCCACGGCAAAAGAGCCAACGCCAAAAGGACCAAUGGGGAAAGAUCUAUUGCCUACUGUGGAGGAGGUGACGGAAGAAUCGUCAUUGGAAGACUGA